AUGUGUUUUUGCCUGUGUCAGUAGUGCCGAGUAGCUAGUAGUAGCUAGCGUAAAUAAGUCAUAUUUAGAUGCUUUUGUGUAUUUUACAUAACUUGCGCAAUCUUAGUUGCACACCUGCACGGUUAUUGGAAGGCCAAACUCGCCAAUAAAUAAGAAAAAUCUUGGUGGUUUCAUUGAAGAGUCCCAACAAGCGUUUUAGAUCAACGUUAACGUUAGUUGUAAGACUGGGAGAUACAAACGUUUCUAUGCAAGAUAGGACCACUACUUUUUGUAGAGGGUUAUUGCUUGUUGGACGUAUUUCGAAAGUCAAACGACAUCAUGACGUCUCGUUUUGGACACUACAGGCUGCAGCGUUCAGUCAGCUAGCAUUAUUCUGGAGACAUAAAACUGGAACUACUUUUGCUUAGUAACGGGUCAUGUCGGAACAAAUGAAGACAAGUGAAGAUGGUGUUAUUUCAGGGCGCAUAUCAUGGGCAUCCAGGUCAGAAGACUGUCAUAUAUGCGAUGUAAUAAAGACACACCAGGAGGAUGAUCUUCAGGAAGUGGACACCACUGUUAGAAGCGACGGUGCGCCUUUGUACCUGGACCAGGUGGGUGACACUCCAUGCGUAAUUACGCUCCAGUGUGCCCCGAACCCACGCAGCGUUAUCACCUCUCUCCUGGUUGUCAGCGAGGCGCGCACCAUAGAAUUGUACUCGGCGUCUGGGGACUACUGCGGCACCUGCCGUGGGGAAAAAGAUCCCACCAUCAACCAUGAAGGAACUACAGAGAGCAGACUUUUCUACAGGAAACACUUGAAGUUUGAGUGUCCCAUUACAUCCUGCGAAGUGAAGUUGCUCUCUCUGGGAGGACGUGCCAGUGUGGGCAUCGCUGGCAUCCACGUGUCGGUGCAAGUCCUGGAGGCCAAGCUGCAGCAGGUGGGCACAGGUGGCAGCAUUGACCUGCAGCAGGUGCAGGCCAUGAUGGAGGAGAUGGGCACCACCCUCUCACCUGGGGCACAACACCUCAUGGACAUGGUGCAGUUCCAGCAGAAGAGUAAAGCGGAUGCCAUGGCCAGCUUCUUCCCCCUCCUCGCGGGCAGCGGCGUGUUUGCGGGCCUGACUAAAGGAGCGUCUGUUCCCUCGCCCCCCGGCCCGUGCCCCCCCCCCCCCCCCCCUCCCCCUCUCCGUCCCCGUUCUCCUUCGCUGCGCUCGCCCAUCCCCCGCCUGCCGCCCGGCCAAGCGGGCCUGAGCCAGGGCAAGUUGGCAGAGGUGAUGUCAGCGCUGAUGCGCGCGCCGCCCGGGCAGCACUGUGCCGCCACACCCGACCUGCUCCCGCUGCUGCAGAGCGUCUGCUGCCAGGUGGCGCAACUCCGCAUGGACGACACCGCCGCCACCGCCAUCGCCCAGGGCAAGGCACACGUGCCCAACGGCCCACCGGAGGCGCACACAUGCUGCAGUGGCCUGGAGGAGGCGCUAGAGAGGCGUCUGCAGCAGAUGGAGGCGCGGCUGAGGGAGCAUCUGGACCUGCGGCUGGACUCUCUGGAGCACAAACUGGACUCGGUGCUGCAACAGGUUCUCCAGCCCCCUACACAGCCCAGCUGAACCUGAACCUGACCCGCGCCGCCCCAAAGGCCCCAACCCCGACCCUGCAGUGCCACCUCCACACAGCCAGAGGGCGCUGCCGUGUUUGCUGCUUUUGAAAUGGACACUCUAAUGACCAGCUGAAUAAUCAUGACAUGCUGAGGGAAAGGCUGGGUUUAACUGGUUAAUGCAAUGGCAGGGCACUAAUGACUAGAGUCUGUAUGGACCUAAACUGCUUCCCCUUGCCUUUAGUAACGCACUGACAGAUCACCCGUAUUCUGUUCAAGUCUAUAUUGACAGAUCAUCCAUGUUGUGUUCAAGUCUCUAUAUUCUUUUAAGUUCUUUGUUGUGUUGUCAGCCCCUAUACAGAAUAACACUUUUUAUUGACUGUAACUGUACACCGUAAACACUGUAACUGAGGAUCUGCAUGGUUUAAAACAAAUAAAACCUAUUUAUACACUGAAAGAUCCCUCGGUGUCUGAGAGUGGGUCUGUGCCACUCUGAAAUAAAAGCUAUUUAUACACUGAAAGAUCUCUCGGUGUCUGAGAGUUGGUCAGUGAAAUAAAAGCUAUUUAUACACUAAAAGAUCUCUCAGUGUCUGAGAGUUGGUCAGUGAAAUAAAAGCUAUUUAUACACUAAAAGAUCUCUCAGUGUCUGAGAGUUGGUCAGUACCACUGAAAUAAAUCCUAUUUAUACACUGAAAGAUCCUAAUGAGUCCUUGUGUGUUUAGAUGCCCCUUCUGUAAACAAACAAUCUGAUGCCAUUGAUGAGGUAAUGUAGAGUGAGCUAUGUAAAAACGAGCAUCACAGUUUGGUUUAGGUUGACAGGUGGUUCUGAGUAAGGCUUAGUUGACGAUACUGAAAGUUGAAAGUCUUAACAGUCUUCACUAAACGUUUGCUUAAUCAAUAAUGGCCUACCAAAAUAAAUGUGUUCACACCAAA